AUGCCCGAACAAACCAAGGUUGCGAAGAAAGGCUCUAAGAAAGCCGUGACCAAGUCUGCCGGUAAAGGAACCAAGAAAAGGAGGAGGGGAAGGAAGGAGAGCUACGGCAUCUACGUCUACAAAGUCCUGAAGCAGGUCCAUCCUGACACCGGCAUCUCCUCCAAAGCCAUGAGCAUCAUGAACUCGUUCGUCACUGACAUCUUUGAGCGGAUCGCCGGUGAAGCCUCCCGUCUGGCUCUGUACAACAAACGCUCCACCAUCUCAUCCAGGGAGAUCCAGACCGCCGUCCGCCUCCUGCUGCCCGGGGAGCUGGCCAAACACGCCGUGUCUGAGGGCACCAAGGCCGUGACCAAGUACACCAGCUCCAAGUAAAUCUGCGGCUUUCUGCAUCAAAUUAAAGGCCCUUUUCAGGGCCACCCACCGCCUCACAAGAACGACUUCCACAUCGGCUGUAUACUGUUUUUAAAAGAAAACCAAAAACGGCAAUAAUCUGGCAGCGGGGGUGCUGAAAACUGAAAACUACCAUCUCAUAAAAAUACGGUAAUUUUCCAUAAUUACAAUAGUUUCUUGCUCUAACU